AUGUUUAUUAUUAUUCUUGGUCGAUGGUUAUUACCAAAAGGAAAUAUUUCUCAUAGUGCUUUAUCUCAAUUAUUGCUUGUCUAUUUAUCACUUGCUUCGGAUAUACUUGAUUUAUUAACAUUAUUUGGUGAAAAAGAAAUUUAUUUAAGUUUAUCAAUGGUUCAUACUGUUCUUAUUGUUUUUUCUUUAUGUAUGUUUCAAUUUGCACUUAAUUUAACAGCUACACGUGGUCGUUCAUUUUAUGCUGAAUUUGAUGAUACAGAAAUAGAAAUACAUCAACCAGUACAUCCAUCAUCAAUAUCAAAAUUUGUACCAGCACAUCAUAAAAUUUUAGAUAAAUUUAUACCAGGAGUUUCAUCAACAACUCGACCAUUGGCAACAACAACAACAUAUCAAACUGUACGUGUUAAACCACGUGCAUCAUCAAUUUGUGGUUUUAAUCCACCAGAUACAAUCAUUGAAAAUGUUGAUAGAAGCAGUGAUUGUGAAAUGAAAGUGAAUAGAAAUGUUAUCAUUCCGAAACCAACAUUUCCUGAAGUUGAUCCACCAGUAUAUGUUCCUGGUCAACCAAUGAUUCAUCUUCCAUCAAUAAGUUCUCUUAAUUCAUUACAUUCAUCAAUAUGGAAUACAUCACGUUCUAAACAAACAUCACGUAGAUCCGUAGCAGAUAGCAUGAAAGUUUUUGUACGUAAACGAUCAUCAAAACUUCUUCGUUCAGAAAUUUGGUCAAUACUUGUUACAUUAUUAUUACAAGAUGGUCCUUUUUUUGCUAUUCGUCUUAUUGCCAUUAUUGUUUAUCAUGUACGAUCAUUUUUAACAUAUUUCUUUACGUUUAAAAAUUUUCUUAUUUUAAUUUUUCAAACAUAUCGUAUUGCAUCGAUAUGUUUAGAAAAAGAUGAACAAGAAAAAGAAUUUAAAGAAAAAGUUGAUACAAUUAGACGUAUGAGUCUUGCUGCAACGCAACUUGGUGUACCACUUAAUAAAAAAAUUUAG